UGGAAUACAGCGGUGGGAGGCAGCCGGCUUGAUAAGGGGACGGGGAUGCUGGACAUGAGGGACCAAGGCCUGCCCUGCACUUAGGCCUCUUCCAGCCAGUGCUGAGCAGGGAUUUCUGACCUGCUGGCCAGGUGUGGGGAGGCCUCCGCCUGACUUGGGUCGCCAGUCUCAGCUCCAGGCUGCAGGGAAAUAUGGAAGAUCGCAGAGCCAGCAUGGAGCCCGGCAGUGAUCAACCCCUGAACAGCCAUGAUGCCGCCUGCCUGCGCAAACCCCGUACCCGUCUGGAGACCUUCAAGAAGGUGGGGAUCCCCAUCAUCGCGACACUGGUGGGCCUCAUGGCCAUCGUCAUUGUGGCUGUCCUCAUCAAGGAGAUUCUGGAGAAAUAUUACUUCUUCUGUGGGCAGCCCCUCCGCUUCAUCCCAAGGGUGCAGAUGUGUAACGGGGAGCCAGACUGUGCCUCGGGGGAGGACGAGAAGCUCUGUGUCAAGAACAUCCCUGAAGGGCCUAAAGUGUCUGUUCGCCUCUCCAAGGACCGAUCCACCCUGCAGGUGCUGGACCGGGCCACAGGGAACUGGUCCUCUGCUUGUUUCGACAGGUUCACAGAAGCUCUGGCCCAGACAGCCUGUAGGCAGAUGGGCUACAGCAGCAAACCUGCUUUCAAUGCUGUGGCGAUUGGCCCAGACCAGGAGCUGAAUGUUGUUGACAUCACAGAAAACAGCCAGGAGCUUCAGGUGCAGAACUCAAGUAGACCCUGUAUCUCAGGCUCCCUGGUUUCCCUGCACUGCCUGGCCUGUGGGAAGAACCUGAAGACUCCCCGGGUGGUAGGCGGGGUGGAGGCCUCUGUGGAUUCUUGGCCCUGGCAGGUCAGCAUCCAAUACAACAAACAGCACAUCUGCGGGGGGAGCAUCCUGGACGCCCACUGGGUCCUCACGGCGGCCCACUGCUUCAGGAAGUAUCUCGAUGUGCCCAACUGGAAGGUGAGGGCUGGCUCAGACAGACUGAGCAGCUCCCGCUCCCUGUCUGUGGCCAAGAUCGUCGUCAUUGAGGUCAACCCCAUGUACCCCAAAGAGAAGGACAUCGCCCUUGUAAAGCUGCAGUCCCCACUCACGUUCUCAGGCACAGUCAGGCCCAUCUGCCUGCCCUUCUUUGAUGAGGAGCUCGCUCCAGCCUCCCCACUCUGGAUCGUCGGAUGGGGCAAUACGGAAGAGUAUGGAGGGAAGAUGUCUGACGUACUGAUGCAGGCAUCAGUCCAGGUCAUUGACAGCACAACGUGCAAUGCAGAGGAUGCGUACCAGGGGGAAGUCACUGAGAAGAUGCUGUGUGCGGGCAGCCCGGAAGGGGGCGUGGACACCUGCCAGAAGGAAGAGCAUUCCAGGGUGCAGGAGCAGCAGGGAGCCCAGGAGCGCACUGGGACACAGGGUGACAGUGGAGGGCCCCUGAUGUACCAGUCUGACCAGUGGCAGGUGGUGGGCAUUGUUAGCUGGGGCUACGGCUGCGGGAGCCCAAACACCCCAGGAGUGUACACCAAGGUCACAGCCUAUCUCAACUGGAUCUACAGUGUCCGGAAGGCUGAGCUGUGAUGCUGCUGCCCCUCUGCAGUGCUGGGGGCUGUGUCCCCUGUGCCCUGCCCGCCUAGGGACCCCCUGAAGUCAGACACAGACCAACGGCCCCCUUGGGCACACGUCUCCACCCACACCUCAGAAUUUCUUGGAGCAGUAAAGGGUCUCCCUUCCUGUAAGAGAUCCCCACAGCCCAGAGGCACCCAAGGAAGUCGGCAGCCCCAGGCCAGCCACCCCCUGGUGCUCCCAGCAUUCCAGGGAGAGAGGCAGCCCACUGAAUGAGCCAGCCUGUGGGCUGAGAUCUCGGAGGCAUCGCUAAGCCAAGAAGGAACUUUCCCACUCUACUGAGUGGAAGUAGUCUCUCUCGUGAGAGCUCAGAUCACCAAGGACUGGAGUGGAGGAGGAAAGGGUCUGAGCCAGCCCUCUCCUUCUCCACCCAUCCCCAAGCCCACCAGAGCAAGAAACCAGUUGUAACGUAAAAUGCUCGGUCCCACUGUAGGCCACUACUGUUACCUCCUGUUAUUAUUAUUACCUCUUUGGCUGCUGUCAUUAAACAGGUAUGUGAAAUCUU